GGGGAUUUCUCCAGCACCCCAUCAUGUUCCUCCAACUUCUCCUUGUAGGUGUCAGUACCUACAUCGUCUUUCGUUUCUUGUCUUCAAAAAAACAACAACCGCUCCCACCCGGUCCACCCGGUCUUCCUGUUCUACGAAACCUAUUGGAUAUACCCACAUCUUUCGAAUGGGAGACCUACGGUAAAUGGGCCGACCAGUAUGGACCUAUCGUUUCUGCUUCUGCCUUUGGUGCUACCAUCGUCGUAGUGAACCAGUACAAGGCCGCGAUGAAGCUUCUCGCCGACAACCAGAAGGGUGCUAUGUAUUCGUCUCGACCGUGGUUUGCAAUGGCCGAUUUAAUGGGAUGGGAGAAGGCUAUGGCUUUCACUCCUUACGGACCUCGAUUCCGAAAAUACAGACAAGUCUUCCACGAAGAACUCGGUAACCCGAAGGCCCUUCGGAAUUAUUGGCCGCAGGAGAUUUCUCAUGCUCGUCACUUCGUUCAGCUUUGUGUUGAUUCCCCGGACCGUCUCGUCGACAAUACAUUCCAACAUGCAGGUGCUAUCGUUCUCCGCGUCGCGUACGGCUACACUGCAAAGGACUACGACGAUCCAUUUGUCAAUGCGGGAAACACAGCCAUGGAUUCCUUCAACAAGGGGUGUACUCCGGGUGCUUACUUGGUGAACAACCUCCCAAUGCUGCGGCAUAUCCCAGAAUGGGUACCAGGAGCAGGAUUCCAGAAACAAGCUCGCUUGUGGCGACCUUUGUUCGGGCUUAUGGUUGACGCCCCUUUCAAUUUCGUAAAGAAGGAACUGUCGGCAGGAAUGGCAGAGGACUCCUUUACCGCCAGGUGGUUGAAGAAGGGACUUUCAGAAGAGGAUGAGGAUGUUCUCAGAUAUGCAUCUGGCUCCAUGUUCGGAGGUGGAGGUGAAACGACUGCCAUAACGGUUCACAUGUUCUUCAUCGCUAUGACACGGUUCCCCGAAAUUCAGAAAAAAGCUAGGAAAGAGAUUGACACGAUUACCGGUGGCCAUCGUCUACCGACGUUUGAGGACCGAGACAGUCUUCCCUAUCUUGAAGCACUUACGAAGGAAGUUAUGCGAUUCCACCCCGCCGUGCCAAAUGGUCUCCCGCACUGUACAACGGAAGACGACGUGUUUGAGGGGCAUUUCAUUCCAAAAGGCAGUAUAAUCAUUACGAACAUCUGGCAAGUGUAUUCUGCAUCAGCGGUGAACGAAUCAUGCGUUCCCAACUUUAGUUUAAUUCUUUCUCAAUGUCUAGGAAAAUGCUCCGCGAUGCCGACGUGUAUCGGGAUCCAGAGACCUUCAAUCCAGACCGUUUCUUGGGUGAAAACCCAGAGCAAAAUCCUCGUGAUGCUCUUUUUGGAUUUGGAAGACGCGUCUGCCCUGGUCGUCUCCUCGCCGAUGCCUCUGUAUUCAUUACUCUAGCGACGUGCCUCGCUGCCCUGGACAUCUCUCCCAUAAUCGAGAACGGCAAACCUGUUCUUCCCGAAAUCAAAGGUGAAGGAGGUGCCGUCAACCGUUUGAAACCCUUCAAAUGUAAAAUAACCCCAAGAUUCGAUCCUCAGACACUGGAGACUUUGAUGAAGGAGCAUUAAAUUACAGUAACGCAUCUUAUGACUUUCCCCCUGCUCAUCUGCUCCCAUUGUGUACAUUAUACAAAUAUACCACUACUGUAUUUCCCAA